AAUAAUAUGUACGCAAUUUGUGCACAGAUUUUUAGUUGGGCAAAUUUAUCUGGCCUUAUUUUUAAUAAUAAUUUCCUUUUCCAGGUCUGUAACAAUGUCCAUGGAGCUUUGUUUUGGUUUGAGUUGGAACUCGACCUCGCCUCAUUGUGGACAAAUUAUCAUAAUAUUUACACAGAGGUGUCUUCGGUGGAUUGGUGAUGCCGGCCAUCGACGGUUCGGGCUGUCCCUCAGACUGGUGGAUGGCGUCCUCCGGCUCCUCUCUGUGUUCGGCGGGAUACGGAUCGGCUCCAACAUGGACAUGCAGGGUAUCGAAGGAGCAACGUGUGGAGGUGAGGUGGUUGGUACAUCCUGGAGCUCGAGCUGGGUGGACGAAUGCUGGCCCAGGUUAUUGGUGUUGAAACCCAUGGAGGAUAUGCUGCCGGGCUCGCGACUCCUUGGGGUCUCUGCCUCGUCGUCCACUGGAGUGGGAGUGCUGGAUGGAGCGUCGUCAACUAUUGCCGUAUCCGCCUGCGCACUGGGUCCUGAGGGUAGUGCUACUGGGUACGAGACAUCCGAAUUGGGGUUGGAGUCUUCCAUGGUGAAGUGGCAGAUUCUUGGGUGACAGCGUGGAAGUUCGAGCGACAGUUCGGUAGUGUGUGCGCAGACAAGCGAAUCGAUGCUGAUUCGCUUAAAAUUAUAUAAGUGAUGAGAUAAGUGAACAACAAAUAUUUAUCACAGUGAUUAGUGCCACGAGAUGACUAGAGGAUAAUUCAGUGCACGUUGAUCUUCAAUUGUUCGAGGUAAAACAGACAAACAGUAAAAAAUUAACAAUAAAAAUAAGACAUACAAUACUAAACAUAUAGCAGUUUCUUGUGAGGUAGGAUACGAAACCUUCUUGUUUUAUAAUUUUCGUGUGGUUCAGUCCACAUACAAAAUUGAUCUGUUCAAUCUCAAGUUCGUUCUUUCUCUCCCC